AUGGCUGGUGUCAUUAUUUGUCGCUCCUUCCUUCCGUCUAAUUUCCUCAAUACUGUUCGAUAUCGCAUCACCAACCGGCAGCAGGUGUUCGACCUCGGCAAGUACAACGAGACGUGCCACAACAUUGUCCCUAAGUACAUCUCUGAGUGGGAGGCCAUGGUCACACGUACGAGGAGGUGGAUUGACUUCAAGAACGACUACAAGACCAUGAACCUCAACUUCAUGGAGAGCGUCUGGUACUCUGUACUUCUACGCAUAGCUGCCCAUGGAGGCUCUAGAGUUGCGCUGCCGGAUGAAACGAAUCCUUGUGAUCUGGGUCAUCUGCACACCAACAGGGUCUGCGACAAUGUGUGGACCUUCAUUCUAACAGAUGCAACCUUCAAGAGCGCUGAGAUUCAAGAAACACUGAGCAAGACUCUCUUGCACGCUUUCAAAGGAGGAUCACCUUAUAUCUAUCCACUAUAUGGGCUGGGUGAGCUACCACAGGGUUUUGCACGACUGAGUGUUGUUUAUGGUGGUACUUACAUGUUAAACAAGCCAGAUUGCAAGGUUGAAUUCGAUAUGGAGGGGAAAGUAUGUGGUGUCACAUCUGAAGGUGAAACUGCAAAGUGCAAGAAGGUGGUGUGUGAUCCUUCGUAUUUACAAAACAAGGUUAGGAAGAUUGGUAGAGUUGUUCAUGCAAUUGCUAUCAUGAGCCACCCAAUCCCUAAUACAAACGAGUCCCACUCGGUUCAAAUUAUUUUGCCUCAGAAGCAACUUGGACGCAGAUCAGACAUGUAUGUUUUCUGUUGCUCAUACACGCACAAUGUUGCACCAAGAGGGAAGUUCAUUGCAUUUGUGUCUGCAGAAGCAGAGACUGAUAAUCCCCAGUCUAAGCUAAAGCCUGGAAUUGAUCUACUUGGUUCUGUAGAUGAGAUUUUUUAUGAUAUCUAUGACAGAUAUGAACCAGUGAAUGAACCAUCUCUUGAUAAUUGCUUUGUCUCGACAAGCUAUGAUGCGACCACACAUUUUGAGACAACUGUAACAGAUGUUCUGAACAUGUAUACAAUGAUCACCGGAAAGGUAACAUGGACUUCAUCUUUUUAUUUAUUGGAGUGAUGUAGCCUGCAGUAGUUUUUGUACUAAAAUGUUGGUCAAACUUAAGUCCAAUUAAAAGAAGACCUGUGAAUCUGUG